AUGAGCGUUUCGGCGCCAAAUUUCCAGCUGCCGGCCGCUGGCCGCGAAGAUGAUAACGAGUUCAUCAACGAGCACGAAUCGGAGUGCAGAUGCGAGUUUUUGGACCCAAGGUUUCUAGCCGUUACGCCUCUGGAUUCCGAGCAAGCGGCGCUUGAGUAUUUCUACCAGAGCCCCUUCUACAUGAAGUACCGCGAACGCGCUCUCAACGAGACCCUGCGUGCCGGUAGUGUUGUCGAUAGCCAGCAGGUGGGCCUGAUGUUCCAGGUCACGUACAGUAACCUUGUCGACAUCAGCGAGCCGCUGAAACACUUGCCACCUUUGGAUGACAUGGCGCGUAGCCAGUACUACUCGAAUGCGGCCGUGUUCCACAUCACGCUCUUUCAGAGGGGCCUCGGGCAGAGCGGCGUGACGGUUACACCCAUGAAGGUGUACUACAUCAUCCAAGGAUCGAUUUUCAUGUGUCCUCCGUUCGGAUCGCUAAUACGCCACCGCCUGCACCAGUCGAUCGAGCACUUUGAGAAGUUUUACGACAAGCUCAACGACAUCAGCAGGUGGUCUGCUACCAACGGUUACUCGUGGGAACCGAAGCCAAAAGCUCUGGACCCGCUGAUCGAACAGAUUUGCGAGAAAUACGGCUUCCAGGAGGAUCAGCACGAGGGCUUCAUUAAAGAUGCUUCAGGGAAUAUGAACAUUUUCUUCCUCAAGCCGCAGGAUCACACCGCACAUCGCGUUGCCUACGACGAAAUACGCAUACUGGCCAGGCGGCUCGAAAUGGCGCAGCAGCUCCCUGUACCGGAGGAAGCCGGGGCGGACAUGCCAACGGAAUCAGCGCCUGUCUAG